GAUUAUUCGUGAACUCAAGUGCCCCCCAAUCCACCGAUGAGAGCUGAAACUGUUUUUACAGCUGACACACUUUCCCUUUCGAUAAGCAUCUAGCGACUCCCGUGGACUAACUUCCUGCAUGUGGCCGUCGCUGCGCCGGGGAUCCUGAGACUGUCCAAUGCGCGCCUGUCCGUGGAUGGUGCGUAAUAAUCAUCUGGAGAGGCCGAGGCCGACAUUUUACCCCGGUCCGGAGGAGCCUUAACUCCGAAGGGGACAUCCGAGGACACGCUAUAGGGCUGGAGGCUGAGAGCUUCAGGGAUAGAGACAUGUGAGAGGAUCUCCACCCUCUCAACUCUCAACCUUCGGCAGAAUUCACUUGCACCGACCGUUGCGACCGCGACCUGAAACCCUCCUGCCUCGGGCAUGCCUCAGCCGGGCAUGAAUGGGAUGGAGCCUGCGUUCGGCGAGGCGUACGGGGGUCACCGGGGUCUGCUGAGCCCCCACCCUCUGGCCAUGUCACCACAGGGGGGCCGCACCGAGUACGACCAGAGCAUUCUCCUCAUGCUGGGCUCCCCGGCGUCUCCUAGAAAACGUCCCUUUGAGCUGCUCAGCGACCUGGUGGACGACGGAGGCUUCGGAGAAGAUCUCCUGCUCCCCGAGCGCUGGGACGUCUCCGCGCUGGACGAGAUGGCCCGAUACACCCGACUGGGCCUCGGGGUGGGGGGGGAGCUGCUGGCCUGCUCCGAGGAGGCGGUGCUGAUGAACCGCUGGGAAGAGGAGGAAGAGGAGGAGGAAGAGGAGGAGGAGGAAGCUGUACAGGCAGGGAGGGAGGAACUUACUCCUGUUUCCACAACCGAGAGGGAUUUAAGUGUUGCUGGGAAAGAUGGAGGAGUUUCUAAGGAGGUGUAUCAGGUGGCGCAGGAGGAAGAGGAGGCGGCGGCGGCUGGUUUGGCGUUGGAGCAUUGCAGCGAAGAGCAUAAUUACUCUCUGAGCAAGGGGGAGGAGAUGGGGGCGGGGCCUAAUAUCCCCCAAUCAGAAAGGGAGGAGGUGCAGGAGGAGGAGGAGGAGGAGGGACAGGAGAAGACUGAGAUACAUCUGGAGGAGGAGGACGAAGAGGAGGAGGAAGAAGAGGAAGAUGAGGAGGAAGAGGAGGAGACGGCGGUGGAAGCUGAGCUCUCCAGCUCCUCAGAAACUGAAUGUGAGGUGGAGGCGGAGCCUGUGAGGCAGGCGGGCGAGCGUCCGUCGAAGCGUCGAUGUUUCUGGGAAUAUCGCCGCGCUCGAGAGUCGGCCGCCAAGAAGAAGCUAGGCGGAGACGUGCACUGGUCUCUGUCCUGGAGCUCCAGCACGCUGCCCAGCACCCUGUACCGCAGAGAGGGUAAAAAAGGGCGUCGUAAAGCUCGUAAGACGGACGCCAGCGACCUGACUCCGAACCCCCAGAAGCUGCACAACAUCGGGGAGCAGCUGCAGAAACUGAACGCUGCCAUCGAGGGCAUGGAGCCCGUCAACGAGCUGCCGGCUGGCGCGAGGGCGCGGAGCCGCAAGGAGAAGAACAAGCUGGCCUCCAGGGCCUGCCGGCUGAAGAAAAAGGCGCAGCACGAAGCAAACAAGAUCAAACUGUGGGGGCUCAACCAGGAGUACGAGAGCCUGCUGGGAGCGCUGCUGAGGAUCAAAGAGGUGAUCCGGCUGCGGGUGGAGAGCAGCGAGGAAGAGGAGGAAGACGAGCGAGGGAUGACCCAGCGGCUGGAAGACAUCCUGCGAGAGUCCAGCGGUCCUUUAGUUGCCGGGCGGACCAAAGACUUUGUGCAGAGGAUUUUGGCGGCUAGUGCGAGCAGCCAAAUCCAGAAAGAGUCUCCGCGGGGGGGCGAGGAGGUGGAGGGCUAAAGUCACCUAAACAUCCACUUCCUCCUCCAUCUUGCCACUUCUUCCCCUUCCUGCACCAACCAACCAAGCAGUGAGACCUGAGGAGCUACUCUUCUUCCUCUUUCGCUGUAAAGGGAGGAAGAGGCGGAGGAAAAACACCAACAUGGUGUCCAUUUCCAACAUCACCAUCAGGCCAGAUCUGCUGCUGCUGCUGCUGCUGCUGCUGACGUCUCUGUAUUCUGUCUGUGAGUGUGUGUGUGAGUGAGAAUGUGUGUGUGUGUGUGUGGACAUGUAUAUACAUCCAGUAUGAGCGUCCCUCUCGCCCUCUGUGUGCUGUAUUUGUUUCCCAGUGUGCCUAUGAAUAGACAUUGCACUGUUUUCGUAGAUUGGUCUUAGUUUUUACUCGGCAGGGGGGCCGGUAGUGAGGCGAGGGCGAAGGGGUGCAUCUGAGGAUAGAGGAAGUGCAAAAAAAGAAUAAGGAAGUGGGAGGAGCACAAGCCUGUGAGACAAAGAAGCGGGUGUGUGUGUGCUUUUUUAGUUUUUCGUUGGCCCUAUAGAAGCACUUCAUACCAUUGGGGUUGCAUCAGAGAAGUGAGAAGUGACCGAGUCCUGUAAGGCAGCAGCUGUUAAUGGAAACUACCGGCUGUUUGUUGUGGAAAAAAAAAAGUCCCCGCAGCUUUAAUCCCUAAACUUAACUCCCCUUCGAAAUGAAAGUUAAAGAGCAAACUGCACCUUAAUCCAAGCUGACCAAAGAUAUACUGCUGAAACCACUCGACACCAAACCAUCAACACAUCCUCCUGUUCUGCAAAGUGAAUACAGUGUUGACCCGCGUCCUUUAAAGCAGUGAUUUUCCACCAGUGUGCCGUGGGAAACUGUCCAAUUUCACUUCAUCUGUCCCAAAACAUAUGAUGUAGUUGCUGCAAAUGAAAUCCAACAGUGUCAUGGUCCUAAGAUUCACUGAAGAGACGUUUACUUUAAUUACAUGUGUUAUUUUAACACACGUCACAUGAGGUAAGCAAUGAUAUUAAGUUGAACCUCAUAUGUUUGACUUGAUAUUAGCUAAUACAUAUGUGAAAUCUAUUGACGCAAUACAUUUCAUUAAAGUCAACGUUUCAGCUUAAACAGCAUCUCACAAAACACCUGUAGCUUUAAGACAACAACACGGAUGAUUUAAUGCUAACUGAGAAACAGGUCACUUUAAUAAAACACAGAGAGAAAUCUCUCAAAGCUACUGAGGAGAUGAACUCUCCACCAAAUUGAGAGACUUGCCACUAAAAUAUCAUUAUACAGUAUAUAUGCUUUAUAAGGCUUACAUGUGUCAUUCUUUGUUUUUUUAUUAAUGGCUUUAUUCACGGCUCAGAAAAGGUUGAAAAACUCUGCUUUAAAGGAUGACGUAACAUUUGAAUUCCCUUCUCCUCGAAUGCACUACGGCCUGAGAGUGUGGUGUGACAGACAGGAAAUGACUGACACUUUAUUAUUUCGCCUUUUACUAAUCUGCACUGGCUUUAACCCUCAAAGGGAAGUGUCCUGAAUGUUCCUGAAUGUCCCCCCGAGCCCUCUCCUCGACCCCUGCCCUGAUUAUGUAGCGCACAUUCCUGAAUUGCAAUGACGAAGAGAGAAAAAACACUUGUAGAUCUAGAAAGCAAAUAAUUAGUUUUUUUAUCAUUAUGUUGUUGUUAUUCGACCCCCCGUAGCGGGCGUCAGUCUGUUGAACUCUGCCUUUCUUCUGUGGUCUUUUCUGAAGCUGUAGACCAACCUGUCCACGGUCUCUAAAUGUUGUUGGACGUAAAACUAAGGUAAAGGACCCUUUGAAUUGCACUGUGGUAAGAGCAACUAAGCACCUUUUUUUAAAAGAGGGCUUUGAAAAAGACUCUGUAGUCGGCACCUUUUUGUCUAAAGACAGAUAUUGAUUGAGAGGCUUUGUUUCGGUGCUACUGUACGAUGUAAAAAAUAAAAAAAGCAAUGCAAACCUGA